UUCCUCGGCUGCGUCUUCGGCGUCCACCUCACGCUCCUCGUCCAGCUCGCCGUCGGCGCGCUGCCGAUGCAGAUGUGCCUGCUGCGCUGGUGCUGCUACGUCCUCGCGCUCAGCGGCUUCCACGCCGCGGAAUUCCUGACGACGGCGCGCUACAAGUGGACGGACGUGUCCUACGACAGCUGGCUCCUGAACCACAGCGCGGCCUAUGGCUACGCGGCCGCGGCGGCGAUGGUCGAGUUCUGGCUCGAGGCCUACUUUUCCCCCGGACUCAAAUCGUCAAAGCCGCUCCUCGCGCUCGGCCUCGCCGUCGUGCUCCUGGGCCACGGCGCGCGCGUCGCGGCCAUGGUCACGUGCGGCGAGCAUUUCGCGCAUCGCAUCAUGAUCGCCAAGGACCCGCGGCACCGGCUCGUCACGCACGGCAUCUACGCGCAUCUGCGGCACCCGAGCUACACGGGCUGGUUCUGGUGGUCCGUCGGCACGCAGGUCGUGCUGGCGAACCCGCUCUGCUUCGUCGCGUACGCGGCCGCGUCGUGGCGGUUCUUCGCGGACCGCGUCCCCUUCGAGGAGGCGACGCUCCGCGCGUUCUACCCCGCCGAGUACCCGGCCUACGUGCGACGAACGCGCGUGCUCAUCCCCUUCCUCCGA